CUUGCGUUGCUGCCUGCCGCGAGGCUGCCUGUUUGGCAAUACUGUGGCACUUGGGCGCUCUCGACCGGCUCAGUGAGUCACCCCUGGGUUGCGAGUGCCUGCCUGAGCGCUCAGUGGGUUCAGUGCGCGUGCGCGCGUGCAGUCACCGGCGUGCAUAAGCCCGGCCAGUGCAACGAAAUUACGACACUGGCGGGUGGUCGUGGUUUCGCGCUCGCCCUCUUCCCUGCGUCCCCAUUGGCUGGACAAACAUGGCUGAGCACGUACCCGUAUGAGUCAGUCUGGGUUCGAUUUUCAGGGAAUGUGGCUCUCUGCUGUUGGUGCGGAGCCACUGAAGGUCACAACUGCGCCGUUUUCGCGACACCCGAGUCUCCGCGCCCUCUGACACGAAAGGGGAGAGGGUUCAAGUCAACUAACAGCAUCAAAACCAUUAAGGGUUACGAUAGUUGGAUGUGCAUGGGCUUCGCCUUGACCCCUUGUAUCAUUUCCGUUCAAAACAGUCAGUUGUUGAAGUCCCGCGGAUUAUUUUAUCAAACUCCACCUUUUUGUCCGUUACGCGUUCGUGUUUUUCUGGAAGCCCUCCAGCAGCACAUCUCCGAUGCCUGGACGUGUGCACACACGUCUGAAUGGUGUGGAUUUCUUCCGCAGUUGACAAAAUCCUUCGCCGAAGCGGCUGGGGCCCCCACCGAGACCACAGCCGCCGUAUCGACCACAGUUCAGCCCAAUGUGAUCCCACAAAACAGUUUUAUCAUUUCCAGCGGUCCAACGGACAGCUCAAACAACCAAAACUACAUUCUAAUCUCGCCAAUAGGCACUGCCGCCGCGGCCGUCUCAUCAUCAAUCACCGCUCCUCUUGUUAGCUCGCCUACCGUUGUCCUUCCGAGCAGCACUGCUGCCGCCGCCGCUGCUGCUGCCGCUGCGACCUCCAGAAACAUCCUUCUUCUCAACGACUCAGUUGCGAAGACGAGUGCUUCGAGCGACGCGAAAGAACUGGAUCACCACCAGGACCUCGUGUCGUCUUCCACCGCUGGUCUGCAGGAAAACUCGCUCCUUGACAGCGACAGCAAUCGUCCGACGCGCCCAUCCUCCUCCGACUCCUCUCUCCUCAGCGGGGCUCCGCCCAUGGGUCGAAGGCGCUAUUCGGGCCUCUCGUCUCGACCGGUGACCGUCGGCGAGUCUUUAACGUCGCAGUUGAACCGGCUCGAGCAGAAGCGCGCGAGGAACCGGGACGCGGCGCGCCGGUGCAGGGAGCGGAAAAUCCGACUGAUCGAAACUCUGGAGAAGAAGGUGUCGCAGCUCACGGAGACGAAUAAGCAGUUGAAGCGGGAGCUGGAGCAGACGCAGAAUGAGGUGGAGUGUCUGCGGCAGUUCGUGGAGCAGCAUUUCAAGUCUCCGGCUGCCGGUGGUUGCACCGUCCCACUAAAGGGCUGA